GUGACUCCAACAAUUCAUUGGUCAUUAAUGCAUUAUCUAACACGACGUCCUCCGUUUGUCCCAAUCACAAUGCAGGGUCACGCGCAAUCACCCACACAAAGCCCUUGUCUCGCGAUCAGCAAAGAAACCCGCACGUCUCUUAUUUACAGCCAUUAUUUAUUGUAA